CGUUUUGCCGAAGCUAGAAGGUAGCUCUCCUGGUGAGUGCGAGUCUCCGUCGCCCCCCAAAGCCCAAGCCAACCCAUCGCCGCAAUGUCCAACACGACGGUCGACGGGUCCGACAGCGACGCCGACGCCCUGCGCUCCGCGUCCGCCGGUCUUGCGCUAUUCCCGUCGCCCUCCCCUUCCCUUCCAAUCCUGCAGCUCCUGCCUUUCCCUUUCAAUCCUGCUUCCUGCCGGCUGCAGCCCCUCCCCUCUCCUUUCGAUUUUGCAGUUCCAGGCGAACGAACCUCUAGGUGACGCGUUUGCCGUCGACCGACGUCGCCGGCGGUAUGGACGGCCAUGGCCUUGUGUGCAUGGACGAUAAAGCCCAUAUGGCCACAUCCAUGCAUGGACUCCACGGCUCCACCCCAGGCGCCGACGAGCAACCCCGCUCCGUGCGAAGCUCCACCUUCGCACGUUCGAUUUCCCCUUGGUUUGCUGUGUUGUUUUGAGCGUACACAUAUCUAACAGGGAACCACUUUGAAACUUGAAUAUAUUGGCGUUGCUAUAGUGGAGUAACAUGGCCUUCUGCACUAUGUAUACCAUUCAUCUGUCCGUCAUAGUUUUGUUGGCAGUCACCUACAUGCAUGUACCAGUUACUGCUAUCAUCGUUGUUCCAACCUCUAAUUGUUAUACAUUUGAUAAUGAAAGCCGUCUUGUUGAUUUUACACAUCUGAUUGGAAAUGUUUUCGAAUAUAAGGAACAGGGCUCACCUCGCUCUGAUUUGGUUGUCGAAUUCUGCAAAGAUGUGCAGAAAAGAUCUCAAGAGGGUUACCUUGAAUUUGGACGCUUUGUUAGUCCUCACUCUUUUCUAACUGGUUCAGGUCCUAUUGACUAUAUUCAGAAAAUGCAUAAUGGAGAUUUAGUGCACUGUGAAACUACAUUCCACAAGAUGGGUCGUACAGCACAGGUAAACAUCAUAUGUGGACAUUGCUCGAACAAAGUGUGCAAAGAUGAACAAGGAUGCAUUUGCAACAUAUCUUACCAUGAACGAAUGUGCAGGGUGAUUGUCGAACUAGCUAUUCGUUGUGUUAAAAGUGGUCCCAGAGUAUUUAAAGGUUUCACGGUGGGCUUCCAUCCCCGCUCAUCAGAAAUUGUUUAUAAUGGAUUCACUCAGCCUGGAUUUGAACAACCUCACCAUGGAUUUAGCUUCCAGACUGAGCAGAUUCAUGUGUCUCUUUACCUUAGCGCCAAGUCCUCACUCUCAGGCCUUGUUGGGAAACCGACCUUCAAGGUUAAUCCAGUGAAAGGGCUUGGUGUUACACUUGCAGGAUCAGGAUUCAAUGAUGCCAUGCCUAGUACCCUGUCUCCUACAGUUUUGAAUGUGGAUUGGAGAUGUGAAAUUGUUCGAACCAGUCCUUAUGAGGUCCAUAUUUUUAUCCCUGUGGAGGGCUAUGACCCAAUUGAAUUUACACUAACGAAAAAAUGUGGUUACAGACAAGAAAAAGAGAGUGAUCCCAUGAAAGGCUGGGCAAAAUUUGGAAUUGUUUCUUGCGUGUUCAUUGUCUUAUCAUGCAUACUUUGUUGUGGAGGGUUCAUCUACAAAACUCGCACAUUGCAUUUGUACGGUUUAGAUGCGCUGCCUGGUAUUGCGGUCUUGUCUGCCCUAUUGGAUGCUGUUGGGAGACCAAGAGGCUACUUGCCUGCAGUUAAUCCUAAUGAAAACCAUGCAAGCCAUGCAUCUUGAGAGCACGUGGUUGGUACCACACAAGUAGGAAGUAGCACAAUGGAUAAAUCAUAGGGCAUAUGGGCCAAUGUGAACUAAUGGGUAUAUUCUGAGGACUGUUUCCUGUAUGUUUUCAUUAUAUAUUCAAUUAAUCUAGUCUCUACUUUAUCAGACAUAAUUCGUUGACACAUCCAGCAUCAGCCUACCCAAGAAAUUUUCCCUCUGCUACAAGCAAGUGAGCUCAUGGAGCGUUGCUAAUUAUCGCACUAUUAGUGUAGCUUUUAUGCACAAGUUCUUUACAUGUUCAAAAAUGAAAAGCAUAUACACCAUCCUUUGUAUCACGCUUUGUAACAUUUAAUAUCUUAUUAUCUUGCA